UAUUUUUACAGAUUGACUAUAAUCUAGUUACUGCUAAUCAUGAGGUUAUAUUGCUCAAUUGUAUUAGCAUUUGCAUUUCUGUCAAUUCGUGCGAAAUGUCAAAUACCAAACGUUUACGAAUUUUGUUCUGCUUUGAUGGAAGAUAGAAGGCCUAAUCAUUCUCAACCCGGAUGUAGGAAGGAAUGUCAGGGAAGACCAGGAAAAAGAGGACCAAUCGGUGAACAAGGCCCACCUGGAUUGAAAGGAGAUCAAGGAAUUCAAGGAACAUGCGAUGACGUAGAAGAACGCCAGAGACUCUUCGAAGCGGAAAUGAAGAAAAUAUUUGAUCUCAUCCCCAAACUGUCCUAUUGCUCUUUGGGAAUGAAAAGUAAUGAAAUUCCUGAUGAAAUGAUCACAGCAUCUUCGUUUGUUGAUCACCGAUUUGCUCCACAUUUUGCCAGAUUGGACAGUAGAGUUGGACUUUCAACAAGCGCAACUUCGACGAUAGAAGUUGCAUCUUGGUGUCCGAAAACAAAUAACGUAGGUGAAUGGAUACAAAUAGAUCUCGAGACUCCCAAAUCCGUAGCUGGAGUAGUUAUUCAAGGAAGGCCGAAAAACCAAUGGGGAAACCAAUGUUGGGUGAAGACAUUCAAGAUAUCUUGCGGACAUACUGUGGAUGAAUUGUCAACAAUAAUGGAAAAUGGGUCUGAGAAGAUUUUCGUCGGAAACACAGACAAAGAUAGUCACGUAAUCAAACUUUUCUCUACGUCAAUGACCUGUCGAUUUGUUCGUCUGUACCCGUUGACGUGGAACACGGUAUCUCCGUGGGUCAGAGCUUGUCUCAGAAUGGAAUUGAUCAAAGGAGAAUGUCAUGAUUUGUUUUAAUCAAAAAUAUUUUCAUUAUGUUCACACAAUUGUACAGUUUGAUCUUUAUCGCCAUGGCGAUCAGUUGAAACAAAUAAUGACUAUAUGAACUAAUAAAUCCCAGAAACUACAUAUAUAUAUAUAUUGUUCAUAGCUACAUAGACACAUUGGUGGUAUAGUCGCAUGGAUGUUUUGUUUUGAAUAAGCAAAAUUGUACGAGUCCAGAGGAGUUUGUAAACAAUUAAAAAAGUCAUUGACUAAUGUAAUUUGGAGAAGAUUGUUGCAAUAUUUGCAAUAUUGCAAGACUUUUAUACUUGAAGUCGACCGAAAUGUCCACACAAUUCUUUUACUGUAUAUAUAUAUAUAUUAUAUUCUUUUUCAGUAAUCCUAUCAACGACCGUUAUACAUCAAGUAAUUGGCUCCGAUUGUCUGCCAACAGCGACCAAAGUAUAGGCAUAAAAAUAUUCUCAAAAUCUGCCAUUCUAUAAUAAAAAGUUAUUCUUUGA